AUGAAAUCCCACCGAAUGAUGAUGGUAAUGAUUACCAAUGGGAGCUUAAUAUGGAAAACGUCAAACCUAUUAGAAGAGGUAGGAGGGCUGAGGCUGUUCAUCAUGGUUUUGCUGCCGGUGUUCCACGAGGCGAAACUGUGGUCAAAGAAAAAUUCGAUGCACUGCAUUGACUUCUGUGCAUGGUUUGAUGAUACGUUUCCUAUUGCUAGGCAGCGUCUUUACUAUAAAUACCUUUGGAUCAUUGUUAAAAAAUACGCACACGAGGAACGGUAUUUAGAGGAUGUUCGAAUGAUGAUAAUCUGGGACAAACUGGCUGAAAACAGUCUAGGGCACGGUUAUGAAAUAUAUCAGCAUGCUCAUUCAAUGGGUUCUUUAACCAGAUGUGCCUCUCUAUACAUUCGAUGGGCUGAAGAUUUGGAACUUCGUGGUGCUAUGGAAGAUGCUCGCAGUAUUUUCAGAAAAGCUCUGAGUUUUGGUGCUCUACCUUUAGAGGAUUUACACGCAGCUGAAGAUAGUAUGGAAAUGCGAGAAAUGAGAAGAGAAAUAGAGAGGAAUAAUAUUUCUGAUGAGGAGGAUGAUAUCGAUGAUAACGGCCAAAGAGUUGCUUUCACUAGAAUAACAAGAGAUAUGCCAGAAGCCCCUGUUGUAAGAUUACCAUCGAUUGUUGGCGAGCAAGGUAGUAACAAAUUAGAUCGUGGAAAUUAUGCAAAAACCAAUAAUCAGAAGAAAAUUAAUACAGUCAUAGAGGUAUUUGAAGAUGAUGCUCCGAUACAAGAGGAAAACUACUUAGAAUCGCUGUAUGACAUGCACAUGGACAAUCAUAUUGAACGACUUAUUCUAACUGAACAUGUUGGGGAGAAAAUCAAUCAAAAUACGGCUUGCAUAAAAAAACAUCGUAAUAAUGGUCCAGCUUUUACUGUAUGGAGUGACGACAAAGAGAACAUCAAUCCUGAAAACGGAGCUCUUCCUAAGCCAAAGCCGAAGCUGCUGUUACAUAAAUUUCUGGUCUCAGAAUUUUCAAUAGAGGAGCAUAUGGCUAAGCUCUGGACAGAGCAGAAGGAAGAAAAAGUUAGAGCUGGCGUUCGAAAACUGACUUUUGACGAUGAUAGCGAUUAG